GCCAUUUGCUAGCUAGGGUGUGCCACCAAAACAGAGCUGAGAAGAGUAAAGAAAAGUUCGCCGCUCUUUGCUACGGGCCUGGUUAGUUGGCUCGACGUCGCUUGGUGGUUUUUCCUUGCGAGUGAAGUGAUCUUUGUGUGUGCGAACGAAGCUCGUGGCAAUGGGGAGGCAGCCGUGCUGCGACAAGGUGGGGCUGAAGAAAGGCCCGUGGACGGCGGAGGAGGACCAGAAGCUCGUCAGCUUCCUCCUCGGCAACGGCCAAUGCUGCUGGAGAGCCGUCCCCAAGCUCGCCGGGUUGCUCCGGUGCGGGAAGAGCUGCCGGCUGCGGUGGACCAACUACCUCCGGCCGGACCUCAAGCGCGGGCUGCUCUCCGACGAGGAGGAGAAGACGGUGAUCGACCUGCACGAGCAGCUCGGCAACCGGUGGUCCAAGAUCGCCUCCCACCUGCCCGGCCGGACCGACAACGAGAUCAAGAACCACUGGAACACGCACAUCAAGAAGAAGCUGAGGAAGAUGGGCAUCGACCCCGCCACCCACAAGCCCCUCCAGCCUGCUGCUGCUGCUGCUGCUGCUGCCCAUCAGCAGCCGCAGCGGCCUACCGGCGGCGACUCGCCCGAGCAGAAGGUGCCGGCGGCGGCAGCCACAGGAAGCCAGUCAGGCGCCGAAGAGGACAUGUUCUGCCCCGACGAGGUGCCGACCAUGAUGCAACUUCUGGACAACAUCAUCCUGCCAUGCGACGUCGUCGAAGCGGCGCCGCUCGACAGCAGCUGCGGCACGGCUUCGUCACCAGCCGAGUCGUCCUCGUCCUCCUCGUCGUCGUCGGCCUCGGCGGCGUCGAGAGGCGGUGGCGGUGGUUUCGAGGACGACUGGCUGCCGCAGAUCAUGGAGUGGCCGGUGGAGCCGAUGUUCAUGAUGGGGCUGGACGUCGACGUGGUCACCGGGCCGACGUCGGCAUGGGAGUUCGAGGACGCCUUCAACGCGUACCAGAGGAUCGCCCUGUUCGAUCACCAGGAGACAUGGGCUUGAACGAAGCGGCUCGUCGUCGUCGAUCCCAAUAUCUUAUUCUUUAUCAUAACGAAUGAGUAGUUGCCAUGCCGUAUGCGAUUGCGUGCUUAUAUGUUAAUUACUGCCCAGCAAAAGUUCAUCGGCGGUGCACCUAGUUGGUCAUACUAGAACAAUUAGAGGGAGAGGUAGCAAGAAAAUAAGUGAAGACAUGCAUAACCACCCUGAAUUCUUUUUCUUUUCAUUUUGUCGUUCAUUUUCGUCAUUCGACCCUUCGGCAAGUCUAGAUUUGAUUCCUCAGCUCUUCCGAAGGACAUAUGCAUGCGUGCGGAGAUGAAAGGAAUCUGGAUAAUGAAAUGAAGGAAAAUGGUGAUGUUUUUAUACAUAUACCCCGAAAUGAAAUGCAGUAUA